AUGCGGGCUACACCGGUCCGAUUCCAACACACCCACCUGGACCAAACCCCCACCUUCCCCUCCCCCGUCCUCACCCUCACCGUGGAGGAGAAUCGCCCCGUGGGAACCCUCUACCUGCUCCCCACAGCCACCGACCGGGACUUCGGACGCAACGGCAUCGAGCGCUACGAGCUGCUCCAGGAGCCCGGCAGCGAGGGCGGCAGGCGGGGCGGGGGAGGAAGCUCGUCUUCCGCCGCCUCCGACAGCGCCCUCUACCCCGGAGGCAGCAAGAGGAGGCAGGAGGCCGACAGCGCGGCCCGGAGCAGCGUCUUCGAGCUGCAAGUGGCCGAUACCCCCGAUGGGCAGAAACAGCCUCAGCUGAUCGUCAAAGGGGCGCUGGAUCGCGAGCAGCGCGACUCCUAUGAGCUGAGCCUACGGGUCCGGGACGGGGGAGACCCGCCGCGCUCCUCGCAGGCCAUCCUCCGCGUCCUGAUCACCGACGUGAACGACAACAGCCCCCGCUUCGAGAAAAGCGUCUAUGAGGCGGACCUGGCCGAGAACAGCAGCCCCGGCACCCUAAUCCUGCAACUGAGGGCGGCCGACUCGGACGUCGGCGUGAACGGGCAGAUCGAGUAUGUCUUUGGGGCAGCCACGGAGUCGGUGAGGCGCUUGCUGCGCCUGGACGAAUCCUCGGGCUGGCUCAGCGUCCUGCACCGCAUCGAUCGCGAGGAGGUGAACCAGCUCCGCUUCACCGUCAUGGCCCGGGAUCGCGGGCAGCCGCCCAAGACGGACAAGGCCACGGUGGUCCUCAACAUCCGCGACGAGAACGACAACGUGCCCACGAUCGACAUCCGCAAGAUCGGGCGCAUCCCGUUGCGCGACGGCGUGGCCACUGUGGCUGAGGACGUGCUGGUGGACACUCCGAUCGCCCUGGUGCAGGUCUCCGACCGGGACCAGGGGGAAAACGGGGUCGUGACUUGCACGGUGGUGGGGGACGUGCCCUUUCAACUCAAGCCGGCCAGCGAGGGCGAAGGCGAGCCCCAGAACAAGCGCAAGUACUUCCUCCACACCUCCGCGCCUCUCGACUACGAGGCCGUGCGCGACUACAACGUGGUGAUCGUGGCCGUCGACUCGGGCAGCCCCAGCCUGUCCAGCAACAACUCCCUCCUGGUGCGGGUGGCGGACACGAACGACAACCCGCCGGUCUUUGGAAACCACGAAGAUGGCUGUGUGAAAGGGGUGGUCGCUCUCAAACUGGCCUUCUCAGCCACACCAGACGCUGUUCCACACCCUCCGUAA